AGAAAAAACGUAUACUAUACGCUUAUACCCCUCCCCCUCUCUCUCCACAUCAGUCUCCCAUCUCUCUCAAUCUCAGUUUCCUGGAGUUUUUCUUCAACUCUCAACAAUGGCCACAAUACCUCAUCAUCGUCAACAACAACAACAACAUUUUCUAUCUAAAUCAUCAUUUAGAAAUCUAUUUGCAGUAGAUAAUCAGAUGCCUAACUCAACGAGUUUCGUUGAUCAAUCUCUCCCGCAGUAUAUACCUCCUUAUAGCAGUGGUGAGGGUGGUGGUGUUGAUCGAAGAUGGAUUAAUGGUUUUCAACCUAAGAAGAUGAGAUUGAUAAAAGAGGAGGAGUUGGAUACAAACAACAAUAACUUUCUGACUGGUUUAUUACCAAUGCGUUCUGUUCCAACGGGAUUAGGUUUAUCUUUGGAUGAUAAAAGUUCUGUAGAAUUUCAGUCUUCGUUGCUAUUGGAUGACUCGAUCAAUAAAGAAUUGCAGAGACAGGAUGCAGAAAUAGAUCACCUAAUCAAAGUUCAGGGUGAGCAGUUGAGGCAAACAAUCCAGAAGAAGGUUCGGGCAAACCAGUUGCAAACUUUUUCUUUUGUUAAAGAAAGAAUCCUGCAAAACCUUCGUGAAAAAGAAAUGGAGGUUGAGGAUGUAAACAAGAAGAACACUGAGCUCGAGGAGCAAAUAAGAGUGUUAUUGGUAGAUGCAGGUAACUGGAAACAUCAAGCUAAGAGUAACGAGAACAUGAUUACUACCCUUAGGAUCAAUCUUCAGAAAGUGUCUGUACAAAACAAAAAUAGCAAAGAAGGGUGUGGUGACAGUGAAUUAGAUGACACAGUGUCAUUUUGCAAUGGCGGGACAAUAAACCAACUUGUUUGCAAGGAGCACAAAGGCUUGGAAAAGUUGAUGACCUGCAAAGUUUGUGGAUAUAAUGAAGCAUGCAUGUUGUUGUUGCCUUGCAGGCACUUAUGCUUGUGUAAAAAUUGCGAGAGUAAGAUAUUGGUGGUUACCUGGAUGUAUACUAGAAAUCAGUGGAGCUGUACAAAAACCAGAAAUCUCCAGCCAUCCUGAUGCAAAUGAUAGUCAUUGAUAUAGUAAGUAAACUAUAUGUCAUGUAAGGCCUCUGGACGGUGGUAAUGACCUGAUGUAUCAUAGAUGAGCGCUGUAUAUUCCUUCAUCUUGUUUGUAUUGCUCCUUGGAGGUGGAGAAAUGAAACAUGGAAAUGGACACUUUACUGUGAACUAUUCGUGUUAAAGAGAUUGUGGUAAGUUUCACCUUUGCAAUUCAGAUGGGUCAGGCAGGUGUAUCAUGAGAAGGGGUAGGUGAGAUACUAGAUUCUUAUUGCAGGAAGUGAAGUGAUAUGCACUUGCUUUUACUUAACCUUCCAAUUUGGUCUAGAGGCAUUAGUGGGUUAACUGAGAAGAUAUGGUGUCAGUUCUGGCAGUAGUCUUCUUGGUUUGACCGUUGACAUAACAAACCUAGAAUAACAUGAGUAUGCAUUUCUACUGUAAAUGAUGAACACAAAAGUUUAAAUUUGCCAUGGCAGGUAUGAUGAUGUGACCUCAUUGUUGAGAAAUUAUGGUUAAUGACGCAGUUGGAGCGGAUUCCAGUUUAUUCAUGAUUCUUCAGCGUAUUCAUAUAAAAGUCCUUAAAAAGGCAGUGAGUUCAUUGGUGGAUGUAGAGCGUAGACUAGUGAAGAAAUUGGUCGUCCGUCGUCCAAUAGACAAGUAUACUGUCCCAAAUAUUCUUUUGGGCCUUCAGCAGGAUUACCUCCAUUUGAUGAUAACCGCAGGAUCAAAGAUCAGAUGGCUUGGGCAUAUAGGCAUUGAACAGUUACAGAGCUAGUGGUGGUGGUGCCAUGGUGGUGGGGCUAUCCGUAGUCGGAACUGCUGAUGACUGAAAAAUACUGAUAACCUGUGAGCCAAAGACUAUUCUUGAAGGGUUUUGUUGGGUCCAGACUCAUCUCAGGCGGGGAUAUGAUCAUCAUGGAGUGCACUCUAUGAGCUUUCCAGUUUCAUCAUGCAGCACACUCUGUUAGCUACGAGUUUUAUUUACAUACGACGUUUAUGACUUAGUGUAGAAAUAUACUGGGUUGGUUGCCUACAAAUAGUAUAGCAGUUUGUAUGCAUAACUUCAGACUUACCUCUGUAUACAUGCAAUAAACUGUUGAAGUUAUCUCUGAGUUUGCUAAUUCAUGAGCGUUUAACCCCAAGUCUAUUAGUUAACAACUGAUCAACUAGUAUUAUCAUAUUAUUUUGGAUGAUGAAGUGGUCCUGACUCCUGACUUCUGAAUGUACUAAAUUUGUUUUGUAGGGACGAAGGUGGGUGGGGGAAAAGUGGUCAUCUGGUGUAAGUGGAUAGUGAAUUGAAAAUAUGUUUCCAUUAUAUUUCAGAAAACUACAAGAAAGAAGAGAUCACGAGCGUUUUCUAUUAAACAAAUCCAGUACAUUCAAACUGUCUCUCUCCAUGUCAGUCGCUGCACCCAUUUUCAUUUUUUUUUUUUGCAGUUUGUUAGUGCUGAGAGUAGAGAGAGAGGUUUGAACUUUGAAUUGGAAAUUUGGAAGUAGAAGAGAAGUGGAGGGAAAGGAAGGAAAGAACAAAGAAAGAUUUCGAAGAAGAUAUUAUAUAUUUCAUACAUGGAGGAAGCACUUCAGCAGUAGUAGCAGCGAUGGAUAUUGGGACUUGAAACUGACACAGUGGACACACUAAUACAUGAAACUUCCAACUCAUAAUCACAUGCAUUAUUCGUCGUUACACACUUACACUGCUGCAUUCUUGGGGUUAACUCUGUUGUGCUAGCAAAUUAUUGUCCUGUGGAGUACGGAGUGUUGGUCAAUUUUCCCUUUGAUUUUGGUAUAAUUACGUAACGGGAGGUUAAUACAGAGGUAAAAGAACAAAGGAGUGUUGAGAGAGAGAGAUUGAUUUGUGUUCAUGGCUGUUGGAUACAGAAUUCAAACUGAUAUCCACGUGCUCUGACUAUCUAAUAUGUGCACUAGGAAUCUGUCCCUAUUUCAUGAAAAAAUGAAUAAGAAACGUACUAGUUGCCCGUGAAA